UGCAGCUAAUAGACUGAACUCUCAGAGCAAACAGAACAGAAUCACUCAAACUAAAGCAAUAGAGGGACUAUUUAGUGACUCAGAGAAAUGCAAUGGCAGUAAAACGAUCCGUCCAUUUAUAUCAGGUGAUAUCUUUGCUCACUUUUGCCAUUGGAGUAAAUGUUUGCUUAGGAUUUACUGCUAAUCGCUUUAAGAGAUCGGAAGAAUGGGAUGAAGGACCUCCUUCAGUUCUGUCCGAUUCUUCUUGGAUCAGCACUUCUGGCUCCUGCAAGGGUCGGUGCUUUGAACUUCAAGAGGCUGAGCCUCCUGGCUGCCGAUGUGACAAUCUUUGUAAGAGCUACAACAGUUGUUGUCAAGAUUUUGAUGAGCACUGUUUAAAGUCCGCACGUGGCUACGAAUGCACAAAAGAUCGAUGUGGUGAAGCGAGAAGUGAGGAGAGCGCAUGUCACUGCUCUGAUGACUGCAUGGCAAAAGGAGAUUGUUGUACUAAUUAUCAAGUAACAUGCAAAGGUGGGACACAUUGGAUGGAUGAUGAAUGUGAAGAAAUGAAAAACCCUGAAUGCCCAGCUGGUUUUGUUCGUCCUCCUCUGAUUAUCUUCUCUGUUGAUGGUUUUCGUGCUUCAUACAUGAAGAAAGGAAAUAAAGUUUUACCAAACAUUGAUAAACUUCGAUCAUGUGGAACACACGCACCUUAUAUGAGACCUGUUUAUCCAACUAAAACGUUCCCAAAUUUGUACACUUUGGCAACAGGUCUUUAUCCAGAAUCCCAUGGAAUUGUAGGGAAUUCAAUGUACGACCCUGUCUUUGAUGCCAAUUUCCUUUUAAGGGGGCGAGAGAAAUUUAAUCACAGAUGGUGGGGAGGACAGCCAAUUUGGAUCACAGCCCCUAAACAGGGAGUGAAGACGGCAACAUUUUUCUGGCCAAUUGCUAUUAACCAGGAGCGUAGAAUUCUGACAAUUUUACAGUGGCUAAACUUACCAGACAAUGAAAGACCUUAUGUUUAUGCUUUUUACUCUGAGCAACCAGACAUAGCUGGACAUAAAUUUGGACCUUUUGGCACCGAGAUGACAACGCCUCUAAAGGAUAUAGACAAAAUAGUAGGUCAGCUAAUGGAUGGCUUGAAACAGUUGAAGCUACACAGAUGUGUAAACGUUAUCUUUGUUGGAGACCAUGGCAUGGAAGACUCAACAUGUGAGAGGACAGAGUUUCUUAGCUCUUACCUUAGCAAUGUAGAUGAUUUCAUCUUACUUCCUGGUUCUUUAGGACGAAUGAGGCCUAAAAACAAUGCAAAUAAAUAUGAUCCUAAAGCAAUUGUUGCAAAUCUGACGUGCAAGAAACAAGACCAACACUUCAAGCCUUACCUGAAACAGCACCUUCCUAAGCGACUGCACUAUGCUAAUAACAGAAGAAUUGAGGACAUUCAUCUAAUGGUUUAUGACCGAAAGUGGCACAUUGCAAAGAAACCAGUAGACGUAUAUAAGAAGCAGCCUGAAGAUGUUUUUUUCCAUGGUGAUCAUGGAUAUGACAACAAAAUAAACAGUAUGCAGCGUACUACUGUCUUUGUGGGAUAUGGUCCUACCUUUCUCAAAUAUCAGACUAAAGUGCCCUCCCUUUGAAAUAUUGAACUAUAUAAUCAUAUCGUGUAGGUAAUCUGUGAUCUACUGGGAUUAAAGCCUGCCACCAAUCAUGGAUCCCAUGGAAGCUUAAAUCACAUCUUAAGAACCCCUACUUAUAAACCUACAAUGCCAGAAGAAAGCUCCAAACCACAGCCCAUAGUUAUGACACCAUCCACCGUGAAUGAAGAAUUGGAUUGCUCAUGUGAUGACAAGAAUAAAGCUGUGGAAUUGAAUAAACGUCUUUAUCUUAAAGGAAUGAUGGUAAGGAUAAACUCUAAUAUCCCAUGUGCGGAGCUUAGCAAUGAAUUUAAGGAGUUGACUCCAAGGAAUACAGAUAAAAACCACUUAUAUGGGAGACCUGCAGUUCUUUUUAAAACAAAAUACACUGUUUUACAUCACAGUGAUUUUGCAAGUGGUUACAGUGAAACAUUUCUAAUGCCGCUCUGGACUUCCUAUACUGUGUCAAAGCAAGCCGACAUAUCGGUUAUUCCUGAGCACUUAUCUAACUGUGUAAGGCUUGACCCACGCAUUUCUCCUGGAAACAGUCAAAGUUGCUCAGCGUACAAAACUGAUAAACAGAUGACUUACGGAUUUCUUUUUCCACCUCAAUUAAGUUCCUCUGCAGAUGCAAAAUAUGAUGGAUUUCUUAUAACAAAUGCCAUUCCCAUAUACCCAGCAUUUAAAAGAAUAUGGAACUAUUUCCAGAGAGUACUCAUAAAAAGAUUUGCAUCAGAAAGAAAUGGAGUUAAUAUUAUUAGUGGACCAAUAUUUGAUUAUGACUAUGAUGGUUUACAUGACACCCCAGAUAAAAUAAAAAGCUAUGUUGAUGGAUCAAUACCUAUUCCCACUCAUUACUACAGUAUCAUAACCAGCUGUCUUGAUUUCACCCAGUCAGCUGACAACUGCGACGGCCGAUUAUCUGUUGUCUCUUUUAUACUUCCACACCGACCUGAUAAUGAUGAAAGCUGCAAUGCUACUGAAGAGGAUACAAAGUGGGUAGAAGAUCUUUUAAAAACGCACACUGCACGUGUUCGUGACAUAGAACAGCUCACUGGCUUGGAUUUUUACCGGAAGACCAACCGCAGCUACACAGAAAUUCUUUCCCUAAAGACACAUCUGCAUACGUAUGAAAGUGAGAUUUAACACUGACAAGCCUGUUUUGUCUCGAGUGGUGUAUAUUUUUAUAUUGGUUUAUUAUUAUUAUUAUUUUUUUGUUUGUAUUUAUUAAUUUUUAAACCAGGACACUUAAAUAUUAGUAUUUUAAUCCUCUUCCAAAUCUUAAAUGUUAUGCACAAUGUCUGUUGUCCAAUUGUUUAAUGUUUAUAUUUAGAUGCCUUUUUUAAAGAAACUCAUUGCUGCAGCUAGGCUUUUAGAUACCGCUUUUUAAUAGUGCUGCAGAUUUUCUAAUUGCACUAUGGAAGUUUGUUUUCUAGUGCAUUGCUGGUAUAUUUGUAGUCCUUUUAUUGUAUAAUGAAAUACUCAACAUGUAAAUGACCUAUGUUAACUGGAUGUCAUGUGACCAAACAUAUAUUUAUGCUGUAUGGAAUAAUAGACUCGUGUAUGUAAUAAACCACACAAAUACAUUUGUAA